UCCAAACCGCGGCUAAUUUGAAAACUGGACCCAAUUAAAUGUUACGUUAUUUUCUGGAAAGAAACAUUCUGUACAAUAAGAAUGAUGCGAAAUUUCGGUCGUGAAUUUCUUGAAGAAACGUCUAUUUUUGAGAACAAAACGUGUUUGAUCUGGAGAGACAGGGAAAUUUCUUUUAAAGAAUUUCACGAAUACAUUGGAAAAUGGAAGAACGUUCUAGAUGAGCAAAAGACAAAAACAACAAAUCCGCUCCGUAUUGCACUAUUCUGCACGAAUUCUCCAGAUAUUUUAGCAAUAAUUGUGGCCGGGCAACUUUCCGGAGUUACAGUAAUUCCACUAAAUCCAUCUUAUAAAAAAUAUGAGAUUGAUGAGUACAUUUCCAAAUCCAUUGCGAAUUUCAUAAUUGUCAGUGAUGAUGUGGAUUUGGACAAAUUCGAAGAACGAGAAGUGAAUCUUAUAUCGGAGCUAUUCACUUCAAAUGUAACUCCAUCUUCAACUGCUUCAACUCCAGAGAAUCAGGGAGUCAUUGUAUUUUUUAGUUCUGGAACUACAGGUCCACCUAAACAAUUCGAGUAUACUCAAAGAAUUCUAUGCUCCCAAAUCGAUCAAAUCAAGGCAAUUAGAUCAGAUCCUCGAUUCUUCUCUCCUUCAACUGAUGACAUUUGCUAUGGAGUUCUUCCAUUCUUCCAUGCGGGUGGCCUAAUUACAAUACUCUCCAUGAUAUUUUCUGGAUGUACUGUUUUGAUAAACGAACGAUGGAAUGAGCAUGAGUUCUUGGCAAAUUGCCAAAAUUACAAAGUCUCAGUGUUGUUUCUGGUUCCACCCGUUCUCAAUUUCUUCGCUAAUCAUCCAUUAGUGUCCAGUUACGACCUUUCCGCAUUGAAAACCAUAUAUGUUGGCGCUGCUGCAAGUCCUCCGGAGAAUUUUGCAAAGGUUGCGGAAAGAUUACCGGAGCUCGAGAAUUUGAUACAAUGUAAGUUUAGUUACAAUGUAAGUUUUUUCAUUAGGAGAAAAUGUUGCACUUGAACUUAAAGGUGUGAGCAUAUUUUUCGGUGAGCCACGAUCAACGUGAAUUUGAACGGGGCACCGGUAAAUUGUAAAUUUUUGGCUAUUUGAUGUGAAGCGUUUCGAGACCAAAUUACACACUUUUAAAUGGAAGGACGUACAUGUUAGCUACCAUACAAGGUAUGCACGUAUUUAUGCCUGCCUGCCUUCGGUCUUUUUUUUUUGUAAUUUGGCGAUCUUUUUGAACGAUGUUUGGAAAUUUAACAGGUGUACGGAACAUCUGAAUGUGGUGUACUCCUGUGCAGUACUGGAAAAGGAAAAGCUUCUGGAAAGACUGUUGGAUGGCCAUUCCCUUUCGUCGAGCUUAAGAUCAAUCCUGAAAAUAAUGAGAUUUUUGUGAAAUCUGCCACAGCUAUGGAAGAAGGAUUCAUGGAGACUGGCGACCUGGGAUGCUUGAGCUUCAAGACAAUUGAGCUAAUGAUUGUGGGAAGAUCCAAGGAAAUGAUGAAAAUUCGUGGAUGGCAAGUUAAUCCAAAUGAAGUUGAAGACGUGAUCCGGAAAGUGGAGGGUGUCUUGGAUUGUGCCGUGUAUCAGAAUCAAGAAAAAUUAACUGCAAAAAUUAUUGGAAACCCGGAUUCAAAAGCAGACAUUUUUAAAAUUGUGAAAGACAACUUGGCAUCCUAUAAACAACUGGAUGACGUCAUUUUUGUGGAAGAACUGCCUAGAAACCCAUCUGGAAAACUAGUCCGUCAUAUGUUGCAUUGAAGUUGAAUGUAUA